UAAAUAAUUGAAACCAGAAUCGUGAAAAUCACAAACAUAUUCUUCACCCAAUCUAUAUCUUUUAUUUAUUCAUUUAUUUUUUCUUUCGAAAAUACCACUCUGUUUCUAUAUCCUUGUGGUAAUGAAGGAAGCCAGAUUUUAAGUGGAGAAGAAAGAAGCUUGAAGGGUAGACUUAUGUUCCAAGUACCCUAACGCUUGCCACGUGUACUCCAGGGCAAUCUUGAUUGUGUGGCCGUUAAAGAGUUCAAAAACCAAUCCUCAAGAUAUCAAUUUCUGUACACUCAAAGGAACUGCUAUAAGUCCUCAUCAUUACCCACAACUGAUCAUCUCCUCCACCACCAACUCUCUGCAUCAACUUGCAGCCUACUCCCGGCUCUCUUCACUCUCUGCAACUCCCCCUCACCAGAUCACAGCCGUACGAUCAUGGCUGCAGCCGUCUCCACCAUUGGAGCUGUCAACCGGGCACCGCUGAGCUUAAAUAGCUCUGGUGUUGGAGCUUCAGUUCCAAGCUCAGCCUUCUUAGGCAGCAGUUUGAAGAAGUUGACCCCAAGAUUCACCAAGGUUUCCACUGGGAGCUUCAAGGUCGUCGCAGAGGCUAUCGAGGAGGAUAAGCAGACCGACAAGGACAAAUGGAGAGGCCUUGCUUUCGAUUCUUCCGAUGACCAGCAAGACAUCACCAGAGGAAAGGGUAUGGUUGACUCGCUCUUCCAGGCUCCCACGGGAGCUGGAACUCACUAUGCCGUCAUGAGUUCUUACGACUACAUCAGUACUGGACUUCGCCAGUACAACCUGGACAACAACAUGGAUGGUUUUUACAUUGCACCUGCCUUCAUGGACAAGCUUGUUGUUCACAUCACCAAGAACUUCAUGUCCCUGCCUAACAUCAAGAUUCCUCUCAUCCUGGGUAUUUGGGGAGGUAAAGGUCAGGGGAAAUCUUUCCAGUGUGAGCUUGUCUUUGCAAAGAUGGGAAUCAGCCCCAUCAUGAUGAGUGCUGGAGAACUGGAAAGCGGGAACGCAGGAGAGCCGGCAAAAUUGAUCAGGCAAAGAUACCGUGAGGCAGCUGAUAUAAUAAGGAAGGGGAAAAUGUGCUGCCUCUUCAUCAACGAUCUGGAUGCAGGAGCUGGACGGAUGGGUGGAACCACUCAAUACACUGUCAACAACCAAAUGGUGAAUGCCACCCUCAUGAACAUAGCUGAUAACCCAACAAAUGUGCAGCUUCCCGGUAUGUACAACAAGGAGGAGAAUCCCCGUGUCCCCAUCAUCGUCACCGGUAAUGACUUCUCGACUUUGUAUGCUCCUCUCAUCCGUGAUGGUCGUAUGGAGAAGUUCUACUGGGCUCCUACCAGGGAUGACCGGGUUGGUGUCUGCAAGGGAAUCUUCCGUUUGGACAAAGUUGCUAGUGAUGACAUUGUUAAGCUUGUUGACACCUUCCCAGGCCAAUCAAUCGAUUUCUUCGGUGCCCUAAGGGCUAGAGUUUAUGAUGAUGAAGUGAGAAAGUGGAUUUCUGGUAUUGGGGUCGACGGCAUUGGGAAGAGACUUGUGAACUCAAAGGAAGGACCCCCAACUUUCGAGCAGCCCCAGAUGACACUCGAGAAGCUGCUGGAGUACGGGAACAUGCUUGUCCAAGAGCAAGAGAAUGUGAAGAGGGUCCAACUUGCCGACAAGUACUUGAGCGAGGCUGCUCUUGGAGAAGCCAAUGAAGAUUCUAUUAAUAGAGGAACUUUCUACGGUAAAGCAGCACAACAGGUAAAUAUUCCUGUCCCUGAAGGUUGUACCGAUCCAACUGCAGAGAACUUUGACCCAACUGCCAGGAGUGAUGAUGGGAGCUGUCUGUACACAUUCUAGGCCAUUCGUAGGUAUUGCGUGGAAAGGAGAAACAAUUUAGAACGGUGUUCGAUAAACAAUAAAUGUUGUUACCCGGUUAGAUUGGAUUGUUAUCCUCUAAUUUUGUGUUCUACUGUUUACAU